GCAGCGCUUCGCGGCCGUGUUUGUUCUGGGUGGUUUUGAGAAAAGUCGCUUUGUCAAAAGUCGCUUUGUCCUCUGCGGCGCGUCUUUCUCCUCGGGAGGCUUGACCACACCGGCCGACACCAUGGUGAAGCCACGUUUCAAAGGGAGGAGCACCAUAAACCCGUCCUCGUCCAGCUCCAACCCGGAUCGACCCAAGGGCGCCGGAGGGAACAACAUGAGGGAUCGUGCCACCAUCAAGCGUCUGAAUAUGUACAGACAGAAACAGAGAUGUAAUGACAGAGGAAAAGUCAUCAAGCCUUUACAAUACCAGUCCACGGUGACUCCGGGGACUGUGGCCAGAGUUGAACCGAACAUCAAGUGGUUUGCAAACACGCGGGUGAUCAAGCAGUCGUCCCUGCAGAAGUUUCAGGAAGAGAUGGGUGCCGUGCAGAAGGAUCCGUACCGCGUGGUGAUGAAACAGAGUAAAGUCCCCAUGUCCCUCCUGCAUGAUCGCGUGAAGGCCCAUAACUCCAAGGUGCACAUCCUAGACACAGAGGGCUUCGAAACUACAUUCGGGCCCAAAGCUCAGAGGAAGAGGCCCAACCUGAUGGUAGGGGACGUGAGGGACCUUGCAGAGCAGGCUCAGGCCUCGGCACUGAGCUACAGUGCCGACAAGGACAGAGACCUCGUCACCGAGGACACGGGAGUCAGGGAAGAAGCACGUGAGGAGAUCUUCAAGAAAGGGCAAUCCAAGAGGAUUUGGGGGGAGCUUUACAAGGUGAUUGACUCAUCUGAUGUCGUUAUCCAAGUCCUGGAUGCUCGUGAUCCUAUAGGGACUCGCUCCAAGAGCAUAGAAACCUAUAUGAAGAAGGAGAAAGCCUGGAAACACCUCAUCUUUGUCCUGAACAAGUGUGACCUCAUCCCCACCUGGGUCACGAAACGCUGGGUAGCUGUUCUUUCUCAGGAGUAUCCCACUCUGGCUUUCCACGCCAGCCUCACCAACUCCUUUGGCAAAGGCUCCCUCAUCCAGCUCCUCAGGCAGUUUGGCAAGCUCCACACAGACAAGAAACAGAUCAGCGUCGGUUUCAUUGGUUACCCCAAUGUGGGAAAGAGCUCAAUAAUCAACACAUUACGGUCCAAGAAGGUCUGCAACGUGGCACCCCUCGCCGGAGAGACGAAGGUGUGGCAGUACAUCACCCUGAUGAGGCGUAUCUUCCUCAUUGACUGCCCCGGAGUCGUCUACCCCUCAGAGGACAGCGAGUCUGACAUUGUCCUGAAAGGAGUGGUUCAAGUGGAGAAGAUCAGGAACCCAGAGGAGCACAUCGCGGCAGUACUGGAGCGGGCCAAGCCGGAAUACAUCCAGAAGACCUACCGCAUCCCGACCUGGAGCUCAGCAGAAGACUUCCUGGAGAAGCUGGCAUUGCGCACCGGGAAACUCUUGAAGGGGGGUGAGCCAGACGUCGCCACAGUCUCUAAAAUGGUGUUGAAUGACUGGCAGAGAGGACGCAUACCCUUUUUUGUGAAACCCCCUGGACCUGAAGGGGAUCAAGAGGGCAAGGAGCAGCUGCCACUUGAAGGAGUGACGGAGGCAGCUGAGGGUUUGAUGGAAGAACAAUCUGAUGAAGUAGCGGAGGAAGCUGCCAUCUCAACGGAGCAGGUCGAUGAGCAGAAGCAGAAGGGUCGGUUCCAGCAGCUCCUGACCAGCGUCCGACAAAACUUCGGCAAGAUUAACGUGGCGCCCGAGUUCAAUGAGGAAGACCUGGUUCCUGUGGAGAUGCCGGACUUGGAUUUCUCUGACUGCUCCGGCUCUGAUGGCGAGGAGGAAGCCAGCGAGGGAGAGGAGGACAGAGAGGGAGACGUGGCAAAUGUCGAACCGGCUGAUAGGACGGAUGUCUCUGAGACAGCAGCAACUCAGACCAGCAAGGCAAACGGCAACAAGAGUUCAGGCGAGGUGAUCCGUGAGCUGGAUGAAAAGAUUGCUAAGUACAAGCAGUUCCUGGACCGGGCCAAAUCCAAGCGCUUCUCUGCAAUCCGGAUUCCCAAGGCACUCACUGACAAAGUGUUUGGUGACAACAAGGCCAAACAGGCAGCAAUGACUAAGCAGGAAAACACGAAAGCCGUGGUCCAGAGGAACAAGAAAAGGAAAGCUCAGGAGGAUGAGGAAUCUUCUCAGCAUCCCAAAUUGACGUCCAAACAGAGGCGAGCAAAGGAACGUGCUCAGAAGGUGAAGAAAAUUGGCACCCACUAUUAUGAGACACACAACGUGAAAAACAAGAACAAGAACCGAAAGGGCGUGGUUCCAGACACGGAAGGGAAAAAAUCCAAAAGAUCAAAGCACUAGGCCGGAGUUAUAGUGUAUACUGGGGUAUUUAUUUUAAAUUGUUUUUAAAAUAAUUCCGUGGUAAAAAUGGUCGUGAUGGACAUUAACGCGGAGGUGACAGAAGGUGGAAAGCAAAGCGGGUGUUAAAUAUUAAAAAUACACUUGAUACUUAAUCGUAAGAGAAGUGCCUGAGAUGUUUUUUCCUCCCUCCUUUUCAACUUGGUAUUCACCCCUGCCCACAUGGACUUGAAACACCAAGUCAAAGUGGACAAAGGACUUUUAAUUCAGAUACCAGUAUAGCUCUGUUGAGGUUCAACAGAAAUGUGAUUAUCUAAAUGUAAAUGUCAUGUUAUUAUAAAAUUAAAGAAGAUGUUAAUGACAGCAAGACAGACAUGUAUUAAUUGUUGUGUGGGUUAAACG